AUGACUCCCUCAAUUAUCUCUGAGCCGGCCUGGAAAAGUAAGGCAGAAGCUAAACGUGAAGCUGUGAAGGCAAGAAUUCCCACUGAAUGGCUUAUCCAUGCUAAUAAUCUUAAGGAAUUGCGCGAAGAUGUAAUGGCUGCUCCAGCCAAACUUCUUACUGCGAAAGAGUUGGAAAUCACCCAGACUGCCAGUGCUCUUGAACUUCUGAGAAAAUUGGCCACAGGCGAAUUGUCUGCCGUGGACGUGGCGUCUGCAUUCAUGCAUCGUGCAGCUGUGGCCACGCAAUUGACGAAUUGUGGCACCGAGAUCUUCUUCGAUAUUGGCUUAGAAAGAGCCAAGUAUCUCGACGAAUAUUAUGCUAAACAUGGAAAACUCAUUGGACCCUUCCAUGGGCUUCCAAUCUCUGUCAAGGAUAGUUUCAACAUCAAUGACAUAGAUACUACUCUCGGAAUCACCGAAUUCAUUGGGAAUGCCAAUAAGUUUCCACAAGCGUCGAUGGUGAACUUGCUACUCGAUCUUGGUGCAGUGUUAUAUAUCAAAACCAAUAUUCCACAGACUAUGAUGACGGCAGAUUCGGAGAAUAAUAUUUUUGGAAGAACACUCAACCCCAAUGAUGUGUCUCUCACCGCUGGGGGUUCAUCUGGUGGUGAGGGUGCCCUUGUUAGACAAAGGGGCUCAAUUAUUGGUGUUGGAACCGAUAUCGCAGGCUCAAUCCGUAUCCCAAGUGCAUGUUGUUAUACCUAUGGCCUCAAACCCUCGUCAAAUAGACUUCCAUACAACACUCGUGGCUAUGAGGACGGGCCAUUCUCGUUGGGCAUAGAAACGAGCUCUGGUCCUCUUGCCAACACUUUUGAGGACUUGAAAUUCUUCUUUGACACCGUGGUGGAAAAGAAGCCGUGGGCUUAUGACGUCAACUGUUCGCCUUCUCCUCUUAUCAAGACCGAACCAAUUGAAAAAUUGAGGGUUGGUGUCAUUUACGAGUGUCCACUGCUUCCUGUUCACCCUCCAGUGAAGGCUGCUUUAAGAGUUGCCGCACACGAAUUGGAGAAGGCUGGCCACGAGAUUGUAACUAUUAAAGACUUCCCCUCUUAUGAUGACGGGUGGAAAGUGGCUCUUAGUAUCUUCACAAUUCAAAUCGAGGGAGACGAAGACCUUAUAGAGGUCCUCCUUAGGGCCGAAGAGCCACUUAUCAAAUCAUUGUCUCAAGGUGGCAUAGAUCAUUAUGUGCCGAAAGUGGCUGAUAAUUUGAAAGAAGUAGUCAAGCUAUUACGUGAAAGAAAGGGCUUCUGCCAGAAGUGGCUGGAGAUAUUCACAAAGAACAAUAUUGACGUCUUGAUUACUCCUCCAUCUCCUUCCACGGCUCCACCUCAUGACACAUAUGGUAUUGCCCCGUACACUUCUAUGUGGAAUCUUGUGGACUACCCAGCUUUAGUUAUCCCAUAUGGAAAAGUAGAGACUUCUUACGAGGCUACAGCCGAGUAUGAACCUCAUCUUGAAGGUAUUUAUUCCAAAUAUGAUCCAGAGGUUUUCUCCAAGGGAUUGACGUCGAUACAGAUUGUAACUCCCCGUGCUUUAGAGGAAAAAUUGUUAGCAGCGGGAGAGGUCAUUGAUAAGGUGUUAAACAAAGUAUAG